UAGGACACGUUAAGUAACAUUUUGUUGCAAUUCCAGUAUUUGAGCCAGUCGUCAAGUCACGUAAAUCGGAGUACAUUGAAACCCUCUUGAGUGUACACGACGAUUUAUGAAAACAUAUCUUUAGGGAGAAUCGAUUGCUUUUAGGUCCAAAUCAAGAUGUUCCACACAUGUGGACCCAAUGAAGCCAUGGUGGUGUCUGGCUUUGGUCGUUCCCCUCCUCUAAUGAUCGCUGGAGGAAGAGUGUUUGUCCUCCCCUGUAUUCAACAGAUCCAGAGGAUCACUCUGAACACCCUGACUCUGAAUGUGAAGAGUGAUAAGGUGUACACCCGUCAUGGAGUGCCCAUCUCUGUCACUGGCAUCGCCCAGGUGAAGAUCCAGGGUCAGAACAAGGAGAUGCUGGCCACGGCCUGUCAGAUGUUCAUGGGGAAGUCUGAGGCUGAGGUCUCCAACAUCGCCCUGGAAACACUGGAGGGGCACCAGAGGGCCAUCAUCGCCCAUCUGACUGUUGAGGAGAUCUACCAGGACCGUAAGAAGUUCUCUGAGCAGGUGUUCAAGGUGGCCUCCUCUGACCUGGUCAACAUGGGCAUCGGCGUGGUCAGCUACACGCUGAAAGACGUUCACGACGACCAGGACUACCUCAACUCCCUGGGUAAAGCUAGGACAGCUCAGGUGCAGAAGGAUGCCAGGAUCGGAGAGGCUCAGUACAAACGAGACGCGGUGAUCCGUGAGGCCCAGGCCAUGCAGGAGAAGGUGUCGGCCCAGUAUCUGAAUGAGAUCGAGAUGGCCAAAGCCCAGAGGGACUACGAGCUGAAGAAGGCCUCCUACGACUACGAGGUCAACACCAAGAAGGCAGAGUCUGAGAUGGCCUAUCAGCUACAGGUGGCGAAGACGAAGCAGCGGAUUGAGGAGGAGACGAUGCAGGUGAAGGUGGUGGAGAGGUCUCAGCAGAUCAUGCUCCAGGAGCAGGAGAUCAUCCGCAAGGAGAUGGAGCUGGAGGCCAAGGUGAAGAAGCCUGCUGAGGCAGAGAGAUACCGUCUGGAGAGACUGGCUGAGGCGGAACGUGCACAGCUCAUCAUGGAGGCUGAGGCAGAGGCAGAGUCCAUCAGAAUGAGGGGCGAUGCUGAGGCGUUUGCUCUGGAGGCUAAGGGUCGUGCCGAGGCAGAGCAGAUGGCUAAGAAGGCUGAGGCCUUUAAACAGUACGGGGAGGGAGCCAUGGUGGACAUGCUGCUGGAGAAACUACCACUGAUAGCAGAGGAGAUCAGCAGGCCCCUCUCCAUGGCCCAGAAGGUUACCAUGGUUUCCAGCGGRGGGGGUGAGGUGGGCGCGGCCAAGCUGACCGGAGAGGUUCUGGACAUCAUGACCAGACUACCAGCUGCCGUGGAGAAACUCACUGGAAUCAACAUCUCACAGGUUGGCCUGUCCACCCGAAUGGGCUGAGAAUGGAGCCCAAUGACUGAGACAGUCUGCACCGUCAGACCAGGAACUCCAUACUGCCUCCUUGUGCCUAUAAUUACUAUUACCUAGUGUAGUUGCCUGUCUGCAUGCCUGUUAGCACGGUAGUCUUUCUUAGGGCAUGUCUCAGCACUCGUAUUGGCACUGAUCUGGAAACAGAGGAUGGGUCAAAGCUGUAUGUUAUAGGCCUUCUUGUGGGAGUUUGUUUCUCGUGGUCAUUCAUAUCUCUGUUAGUUCAGCUUGGAUAAAGGAAAGCACUUUGGACUAGCAUGACACACCCUUAGUAGUUCUGGUCGUAACUAGCCUCUUUCCCCCGUCCGUUAUUCAGUGUGUUUUAAUCCCUGCUUCAAGCCUGCCUUUCUGUCUCCCUCUAUUACAGGUUUGGGUCCAUAUAAACAGUUCCACUGUCACWUAGUUGUAAUUCAUAGAAUGUUAUUUCAUUGGGAUGGGGUUGAGAAAUGAUGUUUUCAUUCUCAGUGCCUUUUUGUUGUUCACAGGAAAUAAUCGUGUCAGUAGGAGGUCAUCCAUUUCAUUGUUGGGUUUGUCAGCUGAUUGUUUUGUCAACAUUUGCAGUUGUUCUAUAAGGUAGUCUGUCUUGUUCGGAGCAUGGUUGGCUAGCUAGUUGCUAUCAAUUGCUUUGCAAAUUAAGAAGAAAUGCUCUUUACUUUCACUGUGGACAUAUCUUUUUUUUUUUAUAGCUAAUUGUAGUCCUGGUAGUCAUGUUAUUAAACAUGUUCUACCUGCUUGUG